UGAUUGUUGUGAAGAUGGCGGAGGGAGAGACGGAGAAGGAAUAUGACACAAGGAAAGCAAUCGAGGGGCUCCGAGAACGGUUCCAGGGAUUAACCACAACACUAAAAGAAAGCCCGGAAUCACCGUCGGAGGCCUCGUUGCGUUUCUGCCAGGAGUUCUGCCAGGUUCUCGUGGAACAUGCAGGCCGAUGGAAAACUGAGGAGGAUCCGCUGCCACUCCUGGAGGCCUACACAGUGGCCAUACUCAGUUAUGCAAAGGCCACCUCCUGUCUCUCCUCCGAAUGUGAAAAUGUGCCACGCGUACUUGAAAACCUAGCACUGAGCUGUGUAGAGCUCCUGCUCUCACUGCCUGAGCAUGUCCCUGGUGCCUUAUGGGAGGACUUCCAGUCCUCGGUCAAGUCAGCACACGGCUUUCUGCAAGACAAUGGGAACACACAGCUUCACAUGCUGUCGGCGAUAGCACAGGAACCUGGAGUGUGGUCCAACACCACGCUUUGUGGAAUUAUGUCCAAUGAGAAACCUGAAAUUGACAAAGUUCAUGAGUUCCUGAAGAUGGAAGGUCCCGCGCUCCUUAACAUGCGGAUAAAGCACCUUAUAAAACAGAAUCGAUCAGAGAAAGCGGCUCUCUUGGCUAAGAUGUGCUCUGAAUAUCCAGAGUAUGAAGGAAAAUGGAACUUCAAGCAGACAUACCUUGUCUGCCUCUGCAUGACAAAAACACAAGAGAAUCUCACGCAAGAGAUUUCCCAGGUGGAUUGUAAGGAUGCAUUGGAGAUGAUCUGCAAUUUAGAGUCAGACGGAGACGAAAAAGCGGCCCUUUCCUUGUGCUCGGCGUUCCUCAAGAGACAGCUUCUCCAGGGGGAUGUUUACUGUGCCUGGGAGCUCACGCUUUUCUGGAGCAAACUCUUAAUGAGGUCAGAGGCUUCGGCAGAUGCUUUUCUCGAUCAGUGCAGAAAUUUGGUUCUGCUUUCCAGCAGUGUCUGUCACAUCCUCUUCCUCAUCAAGGUUAUCCAGUCUGAGGUCGGAGAGGUUGGACUGCCUGUGUGUAUUGAAAUGUGCAUUCAAGCUCUACAAAUGGCAUCAAGUGAUGACAUGGACAGCAAAACCACCAUCUGCAAAACUAUUUCUUGCCUUCUGCCCACUGAUUUGGAGGUGAAACGGGCAUGCAAACUAACAGAGUUCCUCAUUCAACCCACUGCGGAGUCAUAUUAUGCCGUUGAAUCACUCUAUAAUGAACCAGAUGAAAAGCUUGAGGAUGAGAAUCUUCCAGUACCCAACUCACUACGCUGUGAGUUACUGUUGGCCUUGAAGACACAGUGGCCUUUUGAUCCAGAAUUCUGGGAUUGGAGAACCUUAAAGCGCAACUGCUUGGCGUUGAUGGGUGAGGAGGCAUCCAUUGUGUCACCUGUUGAAACUCACAAUGACACGGAUGAGGAACUUGAGGAUGAUGCAGCAGAAAAAGGUCCAGAGUUUAAAGACCUUGAGGACUUUAUUUUGAACACUACAAAUGAAUUAAAUGAAAUUGCAGAUGAGCGGGAGAAAAAUAGAGAAGCUAAGAAAUUAAGGGAGAAAGGGUUUGUAUCAGCAAGGUUUAGGAAUUGGCGAGCCUAUAUGCAGUAUUGUGUCCUAUGUGAUAAAGAGUUCCUAGGCCACAGGAUAGUCCGCCAUGCACAGAAGCAUUUUAAAGAUGGAGUCUACACUUGUCCGAUCUGUGCCGACAGCUUUGACAGCAAGGAGAUCCUAGAGCCACAUGUAGCAUCACACGUGAAGAAAUCGUGCAAAGAGCGACUUGCUGCCAUGAAAGCAACAAGGAAAAUGUCCAAGCCAACACAGUCCACAAGCAGUCAUUGUAAUAAUUUGAAAGAAAGAGCUGGGGUGAAGCUUGAAGCAGUGACGAAUUUUGGUCCAAACAAUUCUAAAUCUCUGGAUGGAAAUCGCAACCGUGCUGAAAUGAUCGAGGUCAGUCCUUCAAAGCCUAUUCAAACUAAUAUCAGUCCACAAAAACCUGUACCGACUAAUAGCAGUCCUUCAAAGCCUCUAGCAACUAAUAGCAGUCCUUCAAAGCCUCUAGCUACUAUCAGCAGCCCUUCAAAGCCUGUACCAACCAUCAGCAGCCCUUCAAAGCCUGUACCGACCAUCAGCAGUCCUUCGAAGCUUCUACCAACUAGAUAUGAAUCUGAAUUCACUGAGGAUUGUGUGUGCCCUGUGACAUACUGUCAGAAAGUGUUCAAGUUCUUUCGGAGUCUCGUGACGCAUGUAAAAGCCCACAAAAACGACGAGGAGGCGACACGUUUCUUGGAGAUACAAAGACAGAAGGUUGUUUGUCAGUAUUGCCGACGGCAGUUUGUUAACGCCAGACAUCUCAAUGAUCAUUUGCAAAUGCACUGUGGUGCGAAGCCAUACAAUUGCAUACAACUAAAUUGCACGGCCAGCUUUCACUGUAAUUCGGAACUUCUCAUGCACAAAAAACAACACACCGACUUCAAGGCACAGUGUAUGUUUCCUAACUGUGGACGGGUUUUCAAUGAGGCCUACCUAUUGUAUGAUCACGAGGCACAACAUUAUCUUACAUUCAUUUGCAAAAUACCUGAUUGUGCGAAGAUUUUCUACUCACAGUCCCAGCUAAAUUUGCAUCUGCAGAACCAUGACACUAGGGAUGUGAACAUCACAAAUGAGAUCAAUCCUGUUCCUAAAAUGGAACCUUCCACCCAGUCCUCCUCUGGGCAAGAGGAAGCCUGCUUCACUCCAGUCAGUCAACAUCAGAAGAGUGCAUAUGACAUUGGAAAGGAAGGAGUGGUUCAAUCCGGUUCGUCAACAGAAACUGCUUCUGAGAGCCCGAAAAGCCCAACGAAAAUAAAACAUUCGGUUGAGAGCAUGUUGAAUGCUGCCAAUAAUCCCAGGAAGGAGUUACAGAAAUGUUAUGUUCCACUUAUAAAAACGAAGCUGGUAUUGGAGAAUGUAAAAGUAUCUCCGCCAGUCCCACACCAAGAAAUGAUUGCAACUUGUGAGGAUCCCCAAUACCACUCUGAAACAAAUCCAUUGAAAGGGUGCCCAAAAGAGGAGCUUAUUAACAGUCCAACUCAAGUGGUCCAGAGUGUGUUACCACAGGCUUUUCCUACGCAGGAAAUUAAGAGUGAACCCCAAUUUUUGCUACAUCAGUAUCAAAGCACUCCUGCUGUAGCUGGUAGCGAUGAUGAUGCUCAUAUUUGUCCACUUGAAGCUUGUGAUCGCAAAUACAGUACCUCCAAAAGUCUUUCCCGACAUGUCAAGAAAAACCACCCAGAAAUUUUUGAGGACUGGAAACUAGCUAAGAAGUACAAGAAAGUUGCCAAAAUAACUUUGAAAAAGGUUCCAUCUGUGAAUAACUCUUCACAGGAAAUGAAGGAUAAAACAUUAAUUCAGCAAGCACCAGUGUGCAAAAGUACUGGACUACAGCAGUUUGAAUAUCCAGUGGCAUCAAGUUCAAGUUCACCUGCAAUUUGCCCUGCUUGGGAAACCCCUCUAGAUCAGACUGGACUAAUUCAGUCAGAGGUAGGUGAUUCAUGGACAUCUACAUUAAACAAUUGUUAUGCAGAUGUCUUCUGUCAUCUGAAUGAAUACCCCAGUAGGAGUAUACCAGCAACUCCUUGGCAUUCAGAACCAUAUCAAACUGGCUUUCCAUUAGAAAGGGGAAGAGAACAUACACCAGCAAAUAUGCAUGGUAGUGUCAUUCAGUCCAUUAAGUCAGAAUCAAGUUUGAUGAAUCAAAUGUCAGAAUAUGUGUCAAGCUCUUUAAUGCUGGAUAAUGGAGGACACCUGCACAGUGGAGGGCAACACUAUGAGUUAAUAAACUCUGCAAUUAAUGAUGAUAGUGUUGUUUCCCUAAUGGGGAAAAACAAUCCCACUGUGUUUGCACAAGAAAGCAAUAGUAGCAAUUUGUCAGCUGGAGAUUUUCAUGCCUCAUAUGUCCCAAAUGAAUCUUCCAAUCUUAGCUCAAGAUCAUUGGCACCCAUAGACAUUCCGAGCAAUGCGUUGAACCACCCUGGCCAAGUAGCACCUCCACCAACAGUGGAGAUGAUCAACAUGGAGAACAUGACCCAUCUUGCAUCACCUGUUUAUGAAAACCAGAUCAACAGUUCUGUAGAUGACAUGCUCCUUAGUCCACAUGCUCCUAUUCAAAAGGAUUUCCCAUAUGAAGAAGACACAUGUCAUGUGGAACCUGAGGUGAUCCCUGUAGAAGAAAAGACUGCUGACGCUGAGACACAAAAAGUAAAACGCUGCAGACUCAGUAAGAGAACAAAAUGGCCUGCUAUAAUAAAGGAUGGCAAAGUCAUCUGCCGAAGAUGCUUUAGAGAAUUCUCAAGCACAAAGUCUCUUGGAGGUCAUCUUUCAAAACGCUCUCAGUGCAAACCAUUAGAUGAAAUGGACUUAACGGCUGAUUUGCCUACGUCAUUCCUUGACUUUCUCAAUGACCCAACUGUUCCUGAAACCAAUGGAUCCAUUUAUAACUUGCAAAAUGGUGAAUUCCCACAGGAAGUUGGUAAUCUCUCCACACCAAAUUCCUCUGAGAUGUCACUAAAGGAAAUCCAAAAACCAUCGGAUUCUCAUUCAUCAAACACCUUUCCCUCAGUUUCGGCCAGUGGACAAUCCGUAGUCAGUCCAAAUAAAACAGAAGUGUGGAUAGAGUUGAAAGAGUCAAAGAAUAAUGCAUGUGGUCAGAGGGAGUCCAAUGGCAGUCUUGUUGAAAAAACAUCCCAAACAACCUCCAUUGGAGCAGAUGACAAGGUUAUAGAAAUUCAAAAUGCCUUACAAAGGAUGGAUUUAAUUGAAGCUGCACAAGAGAAAAGUUUGCAGGAAAAGUAUUCCUCAAAGUACAAUGACAGCCAAAGCAAUGCAAUCUCGAACGAUAAAGUUAUGCAAAAAAAUGAACAAAGAACGAUAACAAAAACAGUUGUCAAGGUGGAUGAUCAGAAUCGUGAAAAUGGCCCCAAGCCAUUCAAGUGUGAAAUUCAUCAUUGUGAGUAUGGGUUCAUGACAAAAGAGGCGUUAUUCAAACACCUCUGUAGAGUUCAUGAUUACUCCAUUGAGAUGAUUGAGGAACUCAAGAAAACCCCAGUCAAAUUCUCUCCAUAUCCUUGUCAUAUUUGCCCUAAAACAUUUACCAGAACCACAGGCCUAAGAAUUCACUAUGAAAAAAUCCAUCACCUGACACGGGCAGAGAUGAACAAGUUAAAGGUUGGAAGUCGCAAAAAAAGGUCAAGCAACCCCACUAUAGAAACGGAGGUAGAGGGAACACGUGGGACGCAAUCUGCAGUGGCGCCGACUUUUAUUAAACAAGAGCCGCUUGAUGUUGACAUUCGGUGUCCAGUGGAGAGCACAAAUCAAGACGGACGUGCACAAUCCUCUGAGAUAACUGCAGCAAGGGAUCCAGUUCAAGAGAAAUCCUUGCAUCAGUUAACAGUUGAGAGAGUGCAAUCAACAGAAAAUACUUCAAGGGAUGUUGACAAGUCAUUUUACCAAUUAGAAUCCCUUUCAAAGGCCGGAUACACCAAGAAUGAACCAUCGUUGACAGUCCAGCCGAUGAUUCCCGCCCCGAUAUUGAAGCAAAAGUGUAGUUCCGGUGACACCAUCGGAAAACCAGGGGCGCAUUUAGAGACCCCCUCUUUUAGCCAUGCAGCGAAGGUGAUAUCUAGCCCGGCUGUGAAACUUUCACCAGAAGUAGCAAGCUGUUCUAAAAACAUAAAACCUAAACAUGAGGUACAUGUCCAAAAGAAAGACAAGCUUCAGAAAAGGUUAGGGCUUCAGCUGUGUGACGCUGACAAUUCCUUCAGCCCUUACAGGCCCUACCGGUGUGUUCAUGAAGGAUGCACUGCCGCUUUCACCAUUCAGCAAAAUCUCAUCCUUCACUGUAGGGCUAUGCAUCAGGCAUCCCUUCCCACGCCUUCAAGAAACCUUGAUUCUGAGAAAAUCACCGGUGAACAAGAUGCCGAUGUCCAGAACAAUGAAAUCAGAUGUCAAGUAAAAGACUGCUCAAGGAUAUUCCCAGGGAUUACAACUUUAGUGCAGCAUUACCUCCUACUUCACAAAUUCACUCGAGAUAAAGCCACUGCUAUGAUGUCCAGCAUCAAUGUAGGGACGUUCCAGUGUGACCGGUCAGAAUGUACACUAUCCUUCACCUCUGUGGAGAAAUACAUUGACCACAUAAAAAACUUUCACAAGGAAAUAAACAUCUCUGAGAGAGGUAGUGUUGAUCAGACUUUCAAGUGUAAGUAUGACGGCUGUGACCGUGUCUACACCACAAAGUCAAACCUCCUCCGUCAUGAGAUGAAAAAGCAUGAUUUAGUUUAUAUUCCCAGAACGCAGCAACAGAGAACGACAGGUGUCAGUCCCAACAAUGGAAAAGAGAACAUUGAAAACACAGUCAAAGUGAAGAAAAAAAACACUAAGAAGAAGGACGACAGAUCCAUUGACCACUGGACUAGCUUCGGAAAACCCUCUCUGAAGUCUAUGGAUGAUGCAUCAGCUAUGUGCACCAAAAAAUUAUCUUUGCAAUACCCGUGCAUGAUAAAAGGCUGUGAUGCUGUCGAGAGGUCCGAACGAAAUAUAUUUAGACAUUACAUUACACAUGGCCUUACCGAGCGAUAUAUAGAGGACCAGAGAAGCCAGUUCAUAUUCUGCAAAAAGUACCCACGCUCAAAAUUCAAAGACACAAACAAGUCUGAGGGUUUGUCAAGUGAUUCCUCCGCUGAGGAAUCUGACCCUGAUGAGGGUGAACCUGACCCUUCAAAUGCUAGCUGUCAGAGGCAAGACACACUGGAGGGUGUCAUUCAAGCUGAAGCAAAACUGUCAACUGAUGAGAGUUCUGAAUCCCAGUCUUCUACUUCAGAGGUGAAAAAGAGGGGUCGGCCCCGGAAAUCAGAGCAAAGAGCUUUGGCAUGUCCGGACAGAAAGUUGACUCUGAGAAAUCGCCCAGCAGAUAAAGGCUACCAGUUAACAGACACUUCAGACCAGGGCUCCACUGCUUCUCAAGAGGAAGAAACCGAGGAUGGCGUGGCGCUGGACACUUUUCUAAAGAUCCUGGAAACAUCACCAUCGACUCACACUCCCAAAAGAAAAAUGAGUGGAGGUUCAAGGACUGAGUUGCCGAUAAAACGGCAGCGUACCCUUAAGCAGAAAACUGCUAACAUUAUGUGCGAAUCACCUGAAGAUUUUAUCGGAGCCUGUCAAAACCUUGUAGACUUUAGAAAUCCUCUGAAUAUUAAAUCGGUGAAAAAUGUGAAGAUUGUAAUGGACAAAACAUUUUCCAAUGGUGCUGAUCUUUUGCUAAAGCAACUUCAAGAUAUGCGACCCAUGGUUAUAAUAAAAAAGUGGCUUUAUAGUUGAUGGAUGCUUGUAACCUGAUGUCUUCUCCCCAGACUCCCAACUCAGGAUUAGAAAAGUAACAUGCUGCAAACAGAUCUGUUAAUAUCAGAUAUCCAAUGGUAAUCCGUUUUGACCAUUAUACAAUUGAAGAUGGAGCAUUUUCUACUUAUGAAAUAUGUUUGAUUUUAAGUUUGGAUAAUGUAGGCUAUGUUGUUAGUCAUAUAAGAACCAGGUAAUCUGUAGAGAACAUAGAUUUUAGAACAUGUUUGUAUUUAUGAGGCUUCUAGUACUGAAAUUGUUUUUGCUAAAUGGGGAAUUUUACGGAAAAACAGUUUUUAUAUAUCCCUAUGGGAUUUUUUUGUUUGUAUUUAUUUUAUUUUUCAACACUAGUAUCUGUAAUAUUUACAUGUCUUCCACAGUGUUCAAUAAAAUGUAACUGUUUCCUUUUAUAAAACUUGAUCUACAGAACUUUGUUUGCAGGUUAUUUACAUUAAGUAUAACACAGCAUGGCGGAACUACUUAUGAGCAUUACAUUUUCUACUGCGUUCUACCCCAUUCAUUUUACAAAUAUAUUAGCUCAAACGUAUUGUAGCGCUCCUGUACUUAAAU